AUGGCCGGCCGCGGCAUCCUCUACGUCAACUCGAAAAUCGCCCGCCCCGAUCUCAUCAACGAGGAGCAGUACAUGGACUGGUACGACAACGACCACAUGGCCGAGAUUCUCGAGACGAGCGCCAUGAAGACAGCCUUCCGCUACAAGGACGUCGACCCCAGCGCCGAGAGGCCCUUUCUUGCCAUGUAUCCCCUGGACGACAUGGCCUUCAUGCAGACGGACGAGUUCAAGGGUAUCCGCGUCCACAGCGACCUGCUGCCUGGCGGCGGACCCGUCUACGACGUUGCCGAGAUUGACGUGCGGUAUUACAAGCUCACGCAGGUGUAUGACCCCACGAACAAGGGGCCUGGCCACACGAAGACCAUUCUCUCGGCACAGGUCGAGCUGGGCUCUGAUGUUUCCCCUGAGGAACUCGAUCGGUGGUAUCGCGAAGAGCACCUGGAGAGAAUGUCGCAAUGGGCAGGAUUCCUGCGCACGACCCGCUUCGAGCUCGCGUACGCACGGUCGAACGCGCAGUCCAGGGCGCUCAAGGGGCUGGCGGCCGAGAACGAGGAGGCGCCGCGGCCGCCGACGUACCUUGCGCUGCAUGAGUUUUCGGGGGAUCUGGACCUGAAGAGGAUGAUGGAGUUCACCGACAGCGCGUGGACGAGGAAGAUCGUUCCGGGGUUGAAGGUUGUUCUGACGCCCGUGUACGGUCUUGUCGUUGCGCACGGCAAGCGGGAUUGGUUCCAUGGCGUUGACGUGUGA